AGCGAUGCACAGUGAUUCUGAUUCACUGAGCACACAACAUCCCACUAAACCAUCUCAACUGUCGCUUCUCUCUUUUUCUGUGGAUGCCCUUGUAUUGAAGGAAAAAAUCUGAGGAGGGUCACUUGGGAAAAUCGACCCGUCUUGUGGCACUCCUGACACACUUGGAAGAUUUGUAGACUGCGGACGUUUCGUGAAAUAGGACACACACGGACGGACAACUGCGGUUUAUGCGUGUUCCCGUUCAUAGAAGCUAAAAACGGACUGUUGCUGCAAGAACUGACACAGAGAAAUAACAAACAAUCAACUCAAAACAUGAGCUGCGCAAUGUUGCGACACGCGCUCGCUUUGCUCUUGGCGUUGCUGUGGAAAGGGCCCACCGGUGCUCAGGCGGCCGAGUUCGGACACUUGCCCGACAACAUUACCGUGCUGGAAGGAGAAAGCGUCAUUUUGAGAUGCAAGAUAGACGAGGAGGUCACUCACAAGGCGUGGUUGAACCGCUCCAACAUCUUAUUUACGGGCACAGAUAAGUGGUCCCUGGACUCACGCGUCUCCCUGGUGAACAACAACAACAGCGACUUCUCCAUUAAGAUUGAGCAAGUGAUGGUGGCAGACGAGGGACCCUACACAUGCAGCUUCCAGGCCAAAAACCAGCCCCGUACGGCCCACGUCUACCUCAUCGUUCAGGUGCCGGCCCGGAUAGUGAACAUCUCGCAGGAUAAAUCGGUGAAUGAAGGCGAUGACGUCAAUCUUUUUUGCCUGGCGGUGGGCAGACCAGAGCCGACCGUCACCUGGAAGGACUUCAGAUACGGUCUCAUGAGCGAAGGCGAGUUUCUGGAAAUCACAGAAAUCAAGCGGCAUCAAGCGGAGGAUUUUGAAUGCAUCACCAAUAAUGGCGUGGCUCCGCCAGACACGCACCGCGUCAAGGUCACCGUCAACUAUCCACCAGUAAUCACAGACGUAAAGAACAUGCCCGCCCAGCUGGGAAAAACUGCAAUCUUACGCUGUGAAGCUAUGGCGGUGCCCACCGCGUCCUUCGAAUGGUACCGGGAUGACCGAAGGCCGGUAGAGAGCGAUAACACGCUGAAGAUUAAAAACGAGAAAACACGUUCCCUGCUGCUCUUCACCAACGUCACAGAAAAACACUUUGGCAACUACACCUGUUUCGCCUCCAACCGCCUCGGGGCUUCCAAUGCCAACAUGCUACUCUUCAGGCCCGGGGCCGUGUACGGCGGAGCGGCGUCUCUGAACGGCCGUUUAUCAGGAGUCGGCCUGUGGAUCUGCCUCUCCAUCUCUGUUCUGAUGAAGGUCUAAAACUUUCCCGCUUCGGAAGGAGUCUUUAAAUACGAACCCAUCACUGUGAACAAAAAGAAAUUAUGCAUUAAUCCAGGAGCCAUCACUACAUCACUCGGUCAUUCCUUCCUCUUCCCAUUCACGCCCGGUCGUAUAUCACCGCUUCACUCCUCCCUCCCGUCGCCAACGAUGGUCACCUUUUAUCGUCCAAACCUGAAAUGUGAUGCAAAUGAUGUGAACGACAAGUGUAAUGCCAGUUGGGUGUCUCUUGAUGUGCGUGCUGGACAUGCUGGUUGUUAAGUGACGUGUCGACGAUGACGGUUGCGAUGUCCGGGUGACCCGGUCAAAGCUGUUCCCCAGCGGGCCCGUCGGAUCCCGACACAGAGAUCCGAGCUGAACGGUGGUGCAUUCUGACGUGCGUAGCUACUAUGAAUGAUGUCAAACCACAUGUUUUCUUUCUAGCGAGGAGGGCCGUGUCAUCUCGGCCCCUCGUUUGCGUUCGUUUGGGCUCUCGACCCAAAGGAAACAUCUGACCCGCGUCCAGCCCUCAUAUUGUCCUCAGUCUGUCCAUCACUCAGAUCGUCGGUCCUUCACACUCAGUGUAAAUAUAUAUGCAGUAGAGGCCCCUCAUUCCAGCGGCAAAAACUACAUUUCCCAUCAGCCUCUCUGUUUCAGCCUUUCGGCUCGGAGGAUAUUGCUGCCUUUAAGUCACAAUGGAAUGGUCGUAUUUACGAGAUUUACAACCGAAAUGUCAUUAUUAGCCGAGAAUCAUUGGUAUUGAUCGUAAGAAGUUUAGUUUGUACACAUUUAGUGUUGUUUUCUUGUGUUUGACGGAAAGUUAAAAAAGAGAAGUGCUUUAAAUUACUUUUCAAACUCGUUGCAAAGUAUAAAAAAAAAUAG